GUCAGACUUAAACAACACCCCCUUCUUCAAACUCGUUUAUCUGUAAUUGAACCUUUCCCUGAAGAAAACGUCUGGAAUGUAUUUAUUUUAUUGAAAUGAUGUGAAAGCAACAAGGAAGCCGACUUUUAAGGAUGGACACUAAUACGCCCCCUGAUAUCAGAUAAACUUCACAGACACUAUAGAAACUGCAGGUUUAGUGUAGUAAAGGAUGCAGCCCUCACCAAGACUAAAUGAAAGCUGUGAAGGAUGGGUGGUGCUGGUGUUAGCAGAAAUGUUCAAAAGGUAGAUGAACUAGUUAUAUUAGUUGGUGAGGAGGUAUAAUCAAAAGAGGAACUUUUUUCUACAUAAUUUACCCUUGGUGUUGAGCAAGGUAAACCCUGUGUAGAGUUACUGCAGCAAAUGAGAAUAUCAGAUGAUGGAGUGCCAUGAGAGAGGGCUGUGUGGGACUGGGGAGGUGGAGCUGGACCCCAACAUCGUGAGUGAGGAAGCAGGAAAACUGUACUCAGAACUACAGACUGUUAUAGAGACCCAUGGCGAAGGUGUGGUUGAGUCAUUGGUGCCCAUAUUUGUGUGGGUCCUGGAGGGGCUGGCAACCUGCAAGGCCCAGUUGAGGGAAAAGGAGGAGGAGGCGGAGAAGGAGAAAGCUGAGCGGGAAGAGCUGCUGGAGAGAUACAAAGCAGAGAGAACGCUUAGGAAAGAAAGUCAGGAGAGGUAUCUGGAGCUAGAUGACCAAAUUGAACAAGAGAGGAGAGCCUUGAAGGGGAGAGAGAUCGAGAGAGAACGACGAGAGAGAGAGCUAGAGAGGAAAGCGAGAGAGCAGGCUGAUCAGUUGGUGGCCUUGGAGGAGCAGAAAGCUAAUCUGGGCAGAGAACUAAGCACACUGAAGCUCACUCACAACAAGUUGGCUCAUACAUAUCGGGAAAUUUUGGAGAAGAGAAGAGAUUCUGAAAGAGAUUCCCCAUUAAGAAAUCACGUGCGACCCAAGAAUGUUGAAUUUUCCUCCAACCCAGUCCUUGAAUCCAAUGUUAAUGAAAAGAUGGUACAGAGACCACAUUCAAAUUCUGGUCCCCCUUCUUUAGAAGGCCUUGAAACCAAAGAUGGAAAUGCAAUUGAUAUUGCUGGAAAACCCGGCAAUCAUUUUAUCAAUGACAUCAUCAGCUCCACACCUGAGCUCAGGCAGUUUCACAUGGAUGCAAGCACUCCUGUAACAAGACCCAACACCAAAGAGGCUCCGAAAGAAGAGCUGGAGAAAAGUUUGGAAGAUGAGAUAGAGGAGAUGGAGGAGAAGGAGCCAGAAGCAGACAAAGAGCAGGGAGUGAAAAGGCAGGGAAAAGACGAGGAGCAGGAGGAAGAGGGGGAGGAAGAUGAUAGUAUGGAGUGGGAGCUUCGCAACACAGACUCUGUUUUCUCCGAGCUGUCGGAGCUGAGUCGGGAUUACGUGGAGAGCGUAGACCAAGGGGCCAGUGUUCGAGGCAGCACAGACCAGUUUGAGGAGAUUCUUUCUCAGUAUGAGGAACUGAAAGUCACCCAUGAGCUAGUUGAUGCUGCCCGUAAGGCUCUGAUAUCUCGAGUGGUGGAGCUGACUGAUGACCGUUCAGCUCUUCAGCUGGAAUUGUCGUCUCUGCAGGAAACAGCCUCACGUCUAGAGGGACGGAUAAAGGAGAAGGAGGAGGAAACUAAGAGACUUCGGAAAGAGCUGGAAGCUUGGCAGUCUGAGGAUCCAGAUGGAACUUCACCCACAACUAUGCGCCAGUUUUCUCGCUCUGAAAUGGCUCGUGUGGUGAUGGAGAAGAAUCAAUAUAAACAGCGUCUGUUUGAGCUGCAGGAGGCGGUUAGACGCAGUCAGACACUUAGAGCAACAAAAGAGGAAAGGUUAACAGAGGAAAAAAGGACAAGUGUUUGGAGGAAGUUCAACCGCUUGUUAGGCCUGACCAAGUCACCCUUACUCCCGCCUCCCACUUCUGCAUUCUCACGUCCCAUUUCUCCAUCACUCACCCGCUCUCCUCCGCGGCACCCCCAGCAACCAGCUGUCAGUCAAACUCAAGCCGAAUCUGCCUCCUCUGCUGCUCUCUCCCCUCGUGUCAGGAAAAGAGAACUCUACAGAGAAAUUCGCUCCCAUGUUUGGGGAUCUCUGGGGAAAAGGCAGAUCCAUGGCUGGAGCACACCGCUGGCAAACACACAGGAAUCCCAUGAACCAGUGCCUGAACCUAAAGAUGUCCCUGUUCUAGUGCGGCUCAGACUGUUGGAUCACAGAGACUCAACAGCAAAGCUGAACUGCGCAGUUGCUGUUACUCCUGAGAUCUCAGGAGAGGCUUCAUGCUCUGUGUGGGUUGUAUCUGGCCCCGCCUCCUGCAGUGAUAUUACAAUUAUUGAUCCGGCACGCUCCAACACGGUUGUGGAUCAGUUCAGCCUCCCUCCCACAGCUCCUGUCCUCUGCAUCUGUGCUGUGCCUCCCAUAGGUGACUCUAGGGGAACUGUAUGGAUCGGGACUCAGGAAGGAAGUAUAUUGGUCCACUCUGCCUCUGCUGGCAGGAGGCACUGUCUACAGUCUGUUUCCCUCUCAGAGAGUGUUCAUUCUCUUACGUAUUCCCAGGGUCAAGUCAUAGCUGGUUUAGGUGAUGGGACUUUAGCAUUUUUCUCUCAUGGUUCAGGUGGUUGGAAUCUACUGUCACACUCCACAAUGGCUCUGGGGUUUAACCCUCUGCAGCCCAUUCGCUGCUGCCUUGCAAAAGGAAACCGCCUGUGGGUGGGAUACUGGAACAAAAUCCAUAUAGUCGACACUGACACCAAGAAGACUGAGCAAAUAUUCUCAGUGUCAGAGCGCAGUGAGCAGCAGGUUCGAUUCCUGUCUGCUGGUGGGAGCGGUGUUUGGACGUCCUGCCGACUCGACUCAGUCCUCAGACUGUUUGAUUGGUCUACAGGACGGCCACUGCAGGAAGUUGAUUUAACUUCUUUGGUCACUAAAACAUUAGGCCCAGCCUUCCUGUCACUCUCACCUCUCCAGAUCUCAUCUCUCUCAGUCAUCUCUGGUCGUCUGUGGGUGGGCACAGGGGGUGGAGCCAUUUUCUCAAUCCCAUUAUCUAUAACAUCAGAGGACAUUUCUAUCCCAUAUUGCUCGAUGGCGACAGCACAGCUAUGUUACCAUGGACACAGACAAGCUGUCAGGUUCAUCUUUGCGGCCUCAGGUUGUUUGAUCACAUCUCAUGAAAGUAGCACUGUAACUACCUCUCAGCUUAUCCUCAGUGGAGGAGAGGGCUACAUCAACUUCCGAAUGGGAGACGAUGCUUCUGAUGGAUCAGCUGAGUUGUCCCAGUCUUCACCUCAGCGGUCUGAGCGCAGCCACAUGAUCAUCUGGCAGAAUCCCUCUCCCUCUGUUCCUAGCCCUGCCCUCUGACAGCACUCACAUCUCAUACACCAGCACUUUUUUGGACAAUGAUGGAAACAGACAAGUACAGAACACCAGCAGAGCUUUGAAAUGAUGCUUCAACAGAAAUAAAUGAGCCAUCAUGUGAAUGUGGCAGCAGUGAAAGUGUCCUCUUAAGAAAAUGUGUGGCACAAACUGUUUUAUCUGUGUUUACCUCAUACAUCAGGUUUAUCUAUUUUUUGUUUGAUCACUGUGGAUGAUGAUCUCUUACCGUGUGCCUUAUCUCGUCUCAUCAUUUCUGUCAAAUUGGUCAGUAAUUCAGCUGCCCGGUUUUCAACAGCUAGUUUCAUUUGCACUGAAACUGUAUACUCAGUUUCUGACUUAUACUCAGAUCAGAUACUCAGACAUCAGAUCUUUAUGUCAUACUUCUUUUGAUCAGAAAGUUUAACUUAAUAAUGUGGCUGCUCUUGAGGCUGCUGUGUACAUACUGUAGUGUUAACUGUGAUCUGGAAACUGGUAUUGAUCUUCCCUCAGUGCAAAGACAAUCAGACAUUUAGUAUCUCCUGAUGCUGCAUCAAGAUCGGGCAUUACUAAUUCUGAUUGAAUGUGGGUGUUUUGCAUGUUAUUUUUCUCCACAUUAAAUGUGGUGUAAAACUUAUACUGCACAUGUAUAUCUGUCUUUGUAAAGAUGUGGAAUAUCCCAUCUUUUAAAUGCCAUCUUUGAGUGCUCAUCCUUUGAAAUUAUUUAUUUUCUCAAUCAUUUUUGUCUUUGCCUUUUAAUUUCCUGGUUUUUCUUUUAAUUUGAUUUCUGUAUCAUUUUUUAAAUAAGGAAAGCAAAUCCUUUCAAUGCAGUAUAUAAGUGCAAUUACACAUGGUUGCACACAUAAAUAAAAUGUGUUCUG